GCACACCAAAUAUUCGUUCUGUCAAAGUUGUCAAUAUUUUUGACGAAAUACGAGAACGAAAUUCUAGUAAAAAAUGUCUUUAGCUAAGUUUUUAGCGCUUGACAAACUUGCUAAUUUCUUCACAAUUAUCCGCCAGAACGGUGGAAUAAGAGGAUCUUUGUAUAAACUGUACAGACAAGAUGAGCUGAAAGACGGCAAGCUGGUGGGAGAAGACAAGUACGGCAACAAAUACUAUGAGAACCCUCGGUUCUUCUACGGCAGGAACCGCUGGGUGGAGUACAGCGAUAAGGUUAACAUGAACUAUGAUGGUAGCCAGGUCCCCGCUGAAUGGUUCGGCUGGCUGCACUACAAAACUGACCUUCCUCCACACCAGGACCCCAGCAGACCCAAAUACAAGUGGAUGGCAGACUUCACAGAGAACCUAUCCGGCACCACUGGCCAAUACGUGCCAUACAGUACCACCAGGCCCAAGGUGGAGCCCUGGGAUCCCAAGAGCAAAAGCGCUUAAGUGUACAGGACUUGAGAAUCAUAUGAACAUCUUUGGAAGUAUAUUUAUGAUUUAGUUGUAAGUAGAAAAUGGAAUAAAUCAUAUUUUGAGUUGC